UUAUCACCAAACACCUUAUUCAGCAUUUCAGUUCAGCAACUUAUUAAUGUUCGCGGUUCCCGGAUGAUUUAUUAAUUAUUUCUUUCUAAUUGUCAGUGAAUUUCUAGAAUUGUGGAACACAAUUGUUUGAUUUCGAGUCACGCAAUACUCUACGAAGAUUUGGUAUCCGUUUUAUGGGACUUUAUCAAUCACAGUUCGAAUGUAACUGCCAGCCCAUCAGCCAUAAAUUGGACGUUAGAUGUGUAAGGAAGUCACUGUCAGCCUUGCAGUUCUUAUGCUUAUAUUCUAGUUGUAUUGUUGAAGGAUAUACGAAUAAAGCAAGAAUUCAGCCAUGAGUAAAAAUUUAGUCCUAGUGCAGCAACUUUUCGACGACGUAAUCAAACGUUGCGAUACAUUGUUGAAAAACAACUUCGACAAAUUUCUCGAUUAUGCGAAGAGCCAAGAAGUGCUGAGAUCGGAAUUCAUCAAAACUAGUAAUGAUUACAAAUACUUGAAAACAUGGUUAGAUAAAGCUUGCGAGGAUAUUAUUACAUUACAGUCGGAGGAACAGAAUGAUUUGAGCAAGCUGUACGAAGUAUUGGUGCGGAAAGACUGCGUUAAGAAAUUUUACGACUACGUGAAAGACUUGGAAGCGCUGAAAUUGAACCUCGCCGAAACUAUAAACAAGUACAAAAACUUGAACAGAAUGAUGAACACAGCCAACGUGGAUAUCAUUUUGUUGAAAUCGGAAUUCAAUGAUUUCAAUAAAAGUGAUAAAGAAUCAUCGCGCAAAACAGUCGUUAAGGAGUUACUCAACGCUGAACAAGAAGCACUAAGACUGAAAUUCAUCGACAAAAUCAAGGAUUGUGAGCGUUUGAAAGAUAGUUUGGAUUCAGCAUCCAAGAGCAUAGUGGUUUUGAGGUCGAAACACGAUGAGUUAUUGAAACGUUAUCGAGAAUUAUCUGAAAACAAUAUCGUCAAAGAAUUUAUCGAUACCGCCAAAAAUCAAGAAAUCGUUCCAGUAGAAGUCACUGAAAAACCCAAAGAAUCCGGAUGUUCGAAAGCUAGCCUCGAACGUGCUAAAAAAGAGAUCGAGUCCUUGAAUUUGCAAUUAGCAGAAGCUCGCAAAAUGUUGAAAUCUGAACGACUGAAACGCGAACAAAUUGAAAAAGAAUUCGAUUUGACGGUGUCAGUUUCAGCUUUAACUCGUUCAUUAUUGAACCAUAAGCAAAAUGAGACCGAUGAUAUGGGACUAAAUUCAUCUGUCCAGGAUUCUGCGAAUACCAGCGUUCUUACACUGUCGCGUCACUCAGAUUCUAACAUCGGAUCAGAUUCGUCUCCUACUUCGGAAGUGAAUGAGACUGAAUCAAAAAAUAAUGGUAUAGAUUUCAUAGAAAUUAUUCCUUGCGAUGCUCCCGAACAGAACCAAAUUUCGUAUCUUAACGAAGAUGACGACGAACCAGUCGUCAUAAAAGAGGAAAAAGUUGAUGUAUUAUCUGUCUCCCCUGCAGCAAACCGUACGGAUAAAUUGACCGAAUGUUCCAGUCUUCCCUGCGAGGAUGACAGGUUAUUUCAAAAUGAACCGACUGAAACUGCUUCAACUUCGACGACUACUAAUAAUAACGGUGUGUCGUUCGUGGCUAUUGAGAAUUUAAGUCUAAUAGAUCGAUUGCUGUUGUGUAAACGUCCUCCUACUGACAACAAUCAGAAGCCAGUCAUAAAAAAGAAAUGUACCGAAGUACAGGAGUCAUCAUCUUCAGAAAAACACCAGAUUCCUGAUCGACGUAAAUUACGUGACCGUAAAGCCAAAACAAAUGCAAUCAAAGUUUCCAAAUCGAAGCACAAGUCACGUUCAAGUUGCAACAAUAGUAAAAAAAACUCUCCAACGAAACCCACCACUGAAAGUAGCUCAUCGAAAAAAGUCGUCGUUGAAGUAUUGUUUUCUUGUGAGAAAUGCCACAAGUCGUUUGUUGUGAAACCUAACGAAAAGAGACUGCGAAUGUGUCCAUUUUGCGAUCUAAUAGGUUCGAGAAAUCGCGUAGGAGAAGGAAGUAAUCAAUCUAAGUUGAAAAUGACCUACGGUAGCUUCUACGAAGUUCGUAAUGAAUAAGCGAUCGUUGAUAUUAUCGUCAAGUCAUUUAUAUCGCUAUUUUGCGGAUUGUUUAAUUUUUUGCAAUAGAAUACCAAUGAAGAAUUUGUAACCGAGAAUUUUCAGAGAAAUCCGAUGGACAUUUCGAAUGCAACUAGUGCAAAAAAAAGCAUAUGUGACUAAAUUUAAAUUGAAUAAACACACUGUGGUGAUGCAUAUUCUCGAAAGAUUCUAGUUCUAAAAAUCAAAAUUUUCAUGGCCAUGGGCAGUCUUGUUCCAAAAAAUGCAUAAAGGCACACCUACUCAAACAUCUUUAUUCUUAAACUGAGCAGAUAUUUACGAAUGCUGUGUGCUUAUUACCGAUUAUGAACAGAAGAGAUUCUAUUUUAAUAACGUUUUCUGUCAGAUAUCUUUCGAAGAAAAGCAAAUAUCCAUCAACAUUUCUCAACGGUUACGAAUUCUGUUUUACCUACUCAAGUUCCAAACAAAGAAUCGAACAUGGAAUCGAAUUAUUUCGAAAUCAUUUUGUUUGUACUUACAUAUUGCGUGGUACCCAACUUACUCGCAGUAUGACUUUCAGACAUAUUCUAAGUUGGACUUUAAUUUUUAGAACGAACGUGUGUUUCAAUUUUUACUUUACCACUUUUUAGUUUCUAAGUACUUAGUUUUAUUUUAUCUGCUGUACAUAUGUUGUUCAUUGAUUGAAAAAAUUACACGAGUCUUCCAAAUGAAAA